CCAUGAAGGCAAUCGCUCUGUUGCUGGCCCUUGCGCUCGCCGGCCACGCCGCCGCCAGCAUCUUCCGUCACGAUAUUCCCGCGGCAUCGCUUCACGACGACCUCGACGACCUGUCGCAGCACCACCAGUCUGGCCAACAGACAGUGCACCACAAGGUCCAUCGUAAGCAUCAUCACCACCAGUCCUCCAGCGCGAGUUCCGAGAGCAACGAGAAAACCCACAGCCAAGCGACUGAUGGCUACAUGACUUUUAACGUCGACAACAUUUGGGACAAGCCCCUCACCUCUUUCAUUGUGAACCGCGAUGAUUCGCGGCCCCUGCAUGGCGACAUGCUGACUUGGAAGGGCGUCCAGAUCGCUACUGGCCCGCGCUCUCCCGUCACCGCGCUCAAAGAAAUCGAGAGGAUCUUCGACGAUGCCUACACCACUAUGAAACACUUCACCGAGGAAGAAAAGAAAAGCUUUCAUAAAGCUUACCUCGCCGCUAACAAAAUUGAAAACGAAGAUGUCCAUUUAAAUUCCUCCCAACUCUUGAAGAAACACCAGUACAAGGUCGAGGAGCACACGGUCCUCACCGACGACGGCUACCAUCUCACAGUAUUCCGCGUAGCGCCCAAGCAAAUGCAGAAUGUACAAGAUAGUACAAGCGCCCCAGUAGUGUUUCUCGCCCAUGGGCUCCUCGGCAGCUCCGAUGACUGGCUCCUGAUGGGUCCCGAGAGAUCACUCGCCUUCAUUCUCGCCGACCUUGGCUAUGAGGUGUGGCUCGGCAACACGCGCGGCAGCAAGUACGGCAGGUAUCACGCCAGCAAGCACGAGGCUCAGCCGGACUUCUGGCAGUUCAGCAAUGACGAGAUCGCCCUCCACGAUAUGCCCGCCAUGAUUGACCAUGCCCUGAAGACUUCGCAACAGAAGACGCUUCAGUACAUCGGUGUGUCACUGGGCACCACGGCUAUAUUCGCACUCAUGGCGUCGCGGCCCGAAUACAACGAGAAGAUUAGUAAAGUGCACGCCAUCUCACCCAUGGUGUACAUGACGAAGGUCCGCAGCCCGCUGUUCCGGAUGAUCACCACGACCAGUCCAUUCCACGAACGUCUGCAGGAGCAGCUGGGAUCGGGCGAGUUCAAACCGGCCAAGGAACUGAUUUAUACGGUCGGCGGGAACAUGUGCCAGAACGAAAUCGGCUGCAAGAACGUCUGCUCGAACAUCAACUUCGUGAUGGCGGGCUUCGGCGACUUGCCAGUGGACCGCAUCCCCGUCGUGCUGAGCCACCUACCGGCGGGUGGAUCCACGCGCCAGGUUCAGCACUACGCACAGGGCGUCGCCUCGCAUGACUUCAGGAAGUUUGACCACGGCCCUGAGGUAAACAAGAAGGUGUACGGUCACGUGCAGCCGCCUAAGUACGAGAUGACCGAGGUGCGGGCUCCUGUCGUGCUGUACUCCGCAGCCAGUGACUGGCUGGCGCACCCCGAUGACGUCAUGCGGUUGUUCAAGGAGCUCCCCAAUGCGAAGGCGCACAGCGUUGUGGCUGACGAGCAGUUCAGCCACAUGGACUUCCUGUUCUCCGACAAAGCACCCCAAGCCGUCUACGAAAGCUUGAUCUACAACAUGAAGGAAGAUAAUCAAUGA